AUGGUAUUAAACAACAUUAUUGGAAGAUUAUAAACUUUAGAAUAAUAAAAUAUUGAGCGUGUCUCAAUUGGAUACAUUCUUGUAGCAUAUUUUUUUCAUAGUCUAUAAUUUACAACCUAUAAGUAUGCUCACUUUAAUAUUUUAACACAGGCAUUAUUUUUUAGGUCCUUUUUUACUUUAAUAAUACUUUUCUUUGGAUAAUAUAAGUAUGAUUUUUAUCCUAAAGAUAAAGUUCAACUAUUGUUUUUUUCAUAACUUUUAGUAGCUAUAGGAGCAUCUUUUUUAUUUUAUGGAAUCUAUUAUAUUACUACUUCAGAAGCAGCUGUAAUAAAUUCUACUACAGCUGUGUGGAGUUAAAUAAUAAGUUUAAUUGUCAAUAAAGAACCAAUAACUAAAAGCAGAAUGAUUAAUACAUUUAUAUGUAUAAUUGGGAUAGUAUUGAUAGUAAAUCCAAAACUAUCUCAAGAGAAUGAUAUGCAAAGAAUUAUUGCUUGCUUAAGUGUAUUGAUUUGUAGUAUUGUCUAAGCAGCAGGGUUUAGCAAUUUAAAGUAAAUUGGCAAGGAUGUAAGACCAACAAUAACAACAUUUUAUUUUCAUCUUGCAGUGAUCUUUGUUAUGAGUGUUCAACAUCAAUAUGUAGCUAUAUUUGAGUACUUUGACCACUAUUUUUUAUACAUUCUAGCUUAUGCAUUAUUUAGUUUAUCUGGACAUUUAUUAUAGUUCAGAGCUUAAGCUUUAGUAUCAUAUGAAAAACUAUGUAAUUAUCCAUUUUCUUAAAUGAUUUAUUAGAUAUUUUUUGAUUAUUUUAUUUUUGGGAAGAUAUUAUCAAUUUAAGGGUUUCUUGGAGGAGGUUUGAUAGUGUUUGGUAUUUUUAAAUAACUUUAAGAGGAUAGAAAAAUAAAAUGA